AUGAGGAUGACUGCUCUCCGGAACCCAGAGGGAAUAGCCAUUGCAUCGAGAAGGGGGAUGGAGAAAAUCAUCUACGACUUCUACUCUGAUCUCUUCGACAGCCAUGUCCAUUUGCCUCCUCACCAUCUGAGGGAACACGGACAUGUCAUUCCAGAGGUUCUCCAGUUCGAAAUACGACGUGUUAUCAUGUCGGUAAGAAAUCGUACGGCACCCGGUCCCGACAGAAUAAAACCAGAACAACUGAAGAGCCUUCCGCCAGUAUUCAUCAACACCCUGGCGAGGCUCUUUACACGUUAUCUGUCGGAAUGCAAGGUUCCUAAACAGUGGAAGACCAGCAAGACCGUGUUGUUGUAUAAAAAGGGAGAUCCACAUGACAUCGGCAACUAUCGCCCAAUCUGCCUACUGUCCGUCAUCUACAAGCUCUUUACAAGAGUAAUCCUUAAUAGGAUUGAAAAAGUCUUGGAUGAAGGACAGCCAUGCGAGCAAGCAGGGUUUCGAAAAGGAUUCAGCACGAUUGACCACAUUCACACUGUUUCGAAACUCAUCGAGGUAUCACGAGAGUACAAGAUGCCGCUGUGUCUCACCUUCAUCGACUUAAAGAAGGCUUUCGACUCGGUUGAGACGGAAGCGGUCGUGGAAGCCUUGGACAACCAAGGCGUCCCUACUCAGUAUAUAAAGGUACUUCGAGAGUUGUACAGUAACUUUACGACCGGAAUUUCGCCAUUCUACAAGAACAUCAUCAUUGACAACGCAAUUCGAAAGUUGGAAUGGGACGACAUGGGAGUGAAGGUUGAUGGUCGGCAGCUACACCAUUUGCGCUUUGCUGAUAACAUCGUACUGAUAACACCUAGCAUCAGCCAAGCGGAACGAAUGCUGACCGAAUUCGACGAAACAUGUGGAUGCAUCGGUCUUCAGCUGAAUCUACAAAAGACGAUGUUCAUGCGGAACGGAUGGGUCUCGGAUGCCCCAUUCACGCUCAACGGAAGGAACAUAAUGCACCAGCUACGUUUAUCUGGGUCGAGAACUAAACAUGAUGAACGACCUGACCCCCGAGCUGGGCAGGAGGAAACGAGCGGCUUUGGGAGCGUACAAGAGCAUCGAGGAUGUGGUGAGGAAGACCAGGAACACCCGGCUCCGUGCUCAUCUCUUCAACACCACCGUACUUCCUGCUUUGACUUAUGCUUCGGAAACCUGGGCAUUUCGCAAGCAGGAAGAAAACGCGGUGAGCGUCAUUGA